AUGGCAGAUAAUCCCCCAAUCGAUAUUAUUCGUUCAACAGAUCGUGACCGAGAUCCGGCCGCUGAGGACCCUCUAUACAAGAGGGAUCAUCGACAGGAUCUGAAUGAGUCAACGCCAGUAGCAGAACCGGACCACAAAAAUUCCCAAGAUGUGCCUGAUGGCGGUUAUGGAUGGGUCUGUGUGGCUUGUGUAUUCUGGAUCAAUGCGCACACUUGGGGCAUCAACAGUAGCUACGGGGUCUUUCUUUCUUAUUAUCUCUCACACGAUGUCUUCCCUAACACUAGUGCGCUGUCGUACGCCUUUACUGGUGGUCUGAGUAUCUCCUGCGCGCUCCUCGUUGCACCUCUGGCCACACAUCUGAUCCACCUCUUCGGAACGCGGUCCGUCCUCAACCUAGGCGUCUUCUUCGAAACCCUCUCCUUGAUUGGAUCCUCCUUCGCCACGCAAAAGUGGCAUAUCUUCCUUAGUCAGGGCGUCUGUUUCGGAUGGGGCAUGGGCUUCCUGUUCGUUGGUAGCGUGGGGAUCACUCCGCAGUGGUUCCAACGGCGAAGAAGUCUUGCAAUGGGCAUCAACGCCGCCGGCUCAGGACUGGGAGGCCUGAUCUGGUCUCUAGCGGUAGGCGCCAUGAUUCCCUGUCUUGGUCUAGGUUGGACAUUCCGAAUCCUCGGCCUUAUCGCCUGCGUAGUCAACCUGGUCUGCGCCAAUCUCCUCAGAGACCGCAACAAAGCCGUCGGCAGCCGCUUCAAAGCCUUCCACAUGCCCCUGCUGAAACGGCCAGAGUUCCUCCUGUUCCUCGGUUGGGGCAUCCUAACCAUGCUCGGCUACGUCGCACUUCUCUUCAGCAUCGCCAACUUCGCCCUCUCCGUCGGCCUCUCCCCGCACCAGGGCAGCAUCGUCAGCGCCUUGCUCAACCUCGGCCAAGGACUCGGCCGUCCCUUUGUGGGCAUGUUCAGCGAUAAGUUCGGCCGCAUCAACAUCGCCACUUUCCUCUCUUUCCUCUGCGGCCUGUUCUGCCUCGUGAUCUGGAUCUUCGCCCGGAGCAUGGGUCUCGUUUCCUUCUUCGCCGUCCUCGUCGGCACUGUCGCAGGCACAUACUGGGCUACCUGUACCCCCGUGGCGGCCGAGAUCCUCGGUCUCCGGGACCUUCCCAGCGGCCUCAGCAUCACCUGGCUGACUCUCGUGCCUCCAACGACGGUCUCAGAGGCGAUCGCCCUAUUGCUGCGCGAUAACAAGUCCACAGAUUCGAAGUAUCUAAGGGUGCAGAUCUUCACGGGCUUCAUGUAUAUCGGCAGUGCCCUGUGUCUUUGGCUUGUCCGAGGCUGGAAAGUAGGCGACUUGGCUCGCGCCAAGGAAGAAGCUAUCGCUGCGGUUGACCCCCGACAAGCAGGUGAUGGUGCGGCUGGGAAUGUGCCUUCUGCCGAGCCAGCCGAGGACGCUGAAACCGAGAAACAUGGUCAAGCGGUUGAUCCUGCAUUCUCCAUGCGCGGGACGUCGAAUCUGAACCCCUGGACGCCUGCAACCUUGUUACGUGGAAUGGUGGCUUUAAAGCGGGUAUGA